GGGGGGGGGGGGGGGGGGGGCGUUAAGCGUAUCACGCCGGUGGGCGUGAGGGGUAUUACCACUGCCCUAAUUAAACCGCUUAACGGGCAUGCACUACGCACCUUUUCAAGAGCUUGUGUGGGAAAGGGCGACGGAAAACGAGGUUCCAACGAUGAAACUGAGUGAGAAUCCAAUAAAACCCGAACCAGAGCUCGGCCCCGAGCACUCCAAUCCAACUCGCUCUCCCAUAUUCGCCGGGACCCGGCAUGUGAGCCACCCUGUAGGAGAGAACACCGACGGUCCCGGCGAAAAUGGUGGAGACAAAAAGGCGGUAGAGCCGCCUUCUUCCCUCUCCCACCGUCUCGGUUUCGAACAAGGGGUCGUAGUGUUUUCUACCACGACCCUCGUCCAUUGCUUUUACUUGAAUUGCCACCUUCCUGGCCUCAGCAUACGAAAGUCUCUCUGCAAUAAUCUUCCAAGUUUUAAUGUCUCUCAGCAUAGAAACAUGGAGUAAAUUAGAGGAAGUAUAUUUGGUUUUGGGAAGCUUGUUUCCCUUGGUUGUACGAAGGAAAGGUAUUUUCCUUCGGGUUGAAGUCUUGGAGUGCGGUAUCUCCGAGCAAGUGUAUUGAGGCUCGUGGGACUCGAGUUCUCAGGUUGUAACGGUUUGUUAAGCACCCGUAAGCUUAACGGAAGUAGUGUAGCUCGAGAGAGUCUCUCGGGAGGCUGGAUUAGCCACAAGUUGUGGUGAACCAGGGUAAAUCUUGG